AUGAGUCCCCUCCAAUUUCCUAUUGAUGCGAUCACCUCGCGAUUCGGUGACCGUUUCAACAGUGUUCGCUCCCAAUCCUUUAGCACGCGCUUCGCUAACCUCCGUCCUGUUUCCGAAUUCCUGGAUGUCAAGCGUAUCUCAAAGCCCGCCAACUUUGGCGAGGUUCAGAGCCGAGUGAACUACAACUUGUCUUAUUUCUCGAGCAAUUAUGCUGCCGUCUUCGUGAUGCUUAGCAUCUAUAGCUUGCUGACCAACCCGGUCCUGCUCUUUGUUAUCAUCUUCGUGACAGGUGGUCUUUACGGAAUUGGCAAGCUCCAGGGCCGAGACCUCGAUUUGGGCGUUGCCCGCUUCAACACCUCCCAGCUAUACACUGGGCUGCUACUUGUCGCGGUCCCCCUAGGAUUCUGGGCCUCGCCCAUCGCUACUGUGCUCUGGUUGAUCGGAGCCACCGGCGUGGCCGUCUUUGGUCACGCCGCUUUCAUGGAUAAACCAAUCGAGAAUGCUUUUUCCGAGGAGGCGGUCUAG